GUUAAUGAAAAGGACAAAUGGUUAGAGUAUUAUUUAAAAACCCUUCAAAGGGAGGACUUUGACCUACUACUUUUCCGAGCUUGAAAUAAUCAAAUCUAUAUUCUCUCAGCUCAUAUCUUAAUCUUAGCAUUCCAUUCUUGAAAAGGUCACUUUAUAUUUCUCUCAAUCUUUGCCUUCAACCUCUAUUACUUUUCAAUCAAAAGCCCCCACAUCUCUCCAUUAAAUCUGUUGGGUCCGGUCCCCUUCUCUCUCUCUCUCUCUCUCUCUCUCUUCUGAACCCUUAUUUUAAAGCCACACCAUUCUGGCUUCCCAUUUAUGGCUACCAAAAGCUAUACCUCCUCCCAAGCUUCUAAUAUUAUUCUCCUUUUUCACAUCAAACCUUCCAGAAAGUUUCAUACAUACAGACUUGGAAAUGUCUGGUUUCACGUGUAGAGACCUUAUGAAGAUGAAGAUCAAAUGGGAUUUUAUGCAACAAAGGGAAGAAACCAAGCAUGCUGGUUUAAAUUAGAAUUCCCAUUCUUCUCUCCCUCUCUCUCUCUCCCUCUGUCCAUUCAUCAGUUUUCCAUAACAUAGCCUCUUAUUAUGGAGAUCGCAUUCCACCUCCAUGAAAGCCAUCGCCAUAGCUUUCUCCAAACUCUAAUGCACUCUUUUGGCUGCACUUACAUUUGCCUCUGGUCUUAUUUACCUCAACCAUCCAAGUCUCUGAUCUCUCUACCUCUUCUUUCCCUUUUGUAUUUUCUUCUGGGUUUUGGUCAUUUUGUGCUGAUGCGUUUUGGUUGUUUUAUGGACAUGACAUGCAGCUGCUUGAGGUUUUUGGAUGGCUUAUGCGUACAGGAGAUUGAAGUACAGACAUGUUCUUCAUCUGCUGGGAGUUUGGCUCAGCUGCUUUUUGAGGAAUAUAGGCAACUAGAAUUCAGUGUUGAAGAUGGGCUUGUUCCAGGACUAGCACACAAGCACAAUGAUCCUUGUCUGAAGUUGGAGGAUUCCCAGCUUCAAACUUAUGCCUCUGCUGAUAUACAGAGACAGUUUUAUCUCGCAGCAAGGAUUCAGGCUUCGAUCUUUUUGGGGAGCAUCAAUGGAGAAAUUGAGCUCGGUUUCUCUAAUGUUUCUCAGGUUGACAUGCAGAUGAUAAUAAACAACUUGUUACCUGGUGAUGUUGUUGGUCCCAAGAUUCCUUUGGAGCUUCCUCAGCCAGCAACAAAACUAAAAUUGAUCCCGAGCCCGAGUCUGAGCCCAAUCCCAAACCCGAACCCGAACCCGAACCCGAACCAGCUUUCAUCUUCUACUUCUUCCUUGAGAUCACAGUCAAUGGACAGCCCUGCAGAGUGCUCUUCUCUUCUGCUUAAUGCAAUUCAAACCACUCCCCAUAUUACAGAGCCCUUCACAGCUGACAUUCCCAUUCUGCCAAGCCAGCAUCAGCACUCCAUGGACUCCAUUUUUGCCCAAGCAAGAAACCUUCAGUUCCCCACGCCAGAGGCCUUAGAUGAAGCCAUGACAAGAACCAUUCUAGCUGUUCUGUCUUCGCCAGCCGGUUCAUCUUCCUCCUCUAUGCAUAAGACUUUAGAGGGGAUGAUUACUCCAAGCUACCAUUUGAAUGUAAAAGCCAGUGCAUUCAAGAAAUAUGCUAGAGUACUAACCCCGACUACGGCACGGUUGAAUCAAAACAUGAGCACCAGGCAAAGCUUGCUCAAGAGAUCAUUAGCUUUCAUGAGAAACUUGAAUCUCAUGAGGCUUCGGGAGCGCAUGCCAACGACAAGUCGACCAACGAGCUCACAACUACACCAUGUGAUAUCAGAGCGGCGGCGGAGGGAGAAGCUCAAUGACAGCUUUCAAGCAUUGAAAUCUCUACUCCCUCCAGGAACUAAGAAAGACAAAGGAUCAGUGCUAACAACUACAAGGGAGUAUAUGAGUUCUUUGAAAGCUCAAGUGGCUGAGCUUAGUCGAAGGAAUCAACAAUUGGAAGCACAGCUUUUGCAAAGUGCAAAAGAAGAAGAAACAAGUGUUUUUCCCCAAGAAGAAAGAUUCAGAGUUGGAAUUUCACAAGUUUCAGAGUCGACAUCAGAAGGCCAAAUUAUAGAUUUGCAUAUAACAACUAGAGGAGAAUCUCCAUUGACAGACAUGGUCAUUGGAGUUCUUGAGUUCUUGAAGCCGCUUAACAAUGUGAGAGUUGUAUCCAUGGAAGGCAACACCCAGUUAACACCUUCAAGUUCUACUAACCACCUAAAUUUGAGAUUAAUCAUUGAGGAGAAUGAAUGGGACGAGUCUGCCUUCCGGGAAGCAGUGGAAAGGGUUGUAUCUGACCUGGCUCGGUGACAACAGAACCAAUCACUAUCUCGAAUUGGUCAACUGCUCAGUUGAUCUCCACCACUAGUUUUUUCCCCCCCUAUAUUUAUUGUAUUAUAUUAUUAUUUUUUUAAUGAGAUAUAGAUUAGUGGUUUUAUUGUUCCUUUUGUUUUUCUAUCUCCUUGCUUAGGAUAGUCUGGCAAGUUUUGUUCUCAAUAUCAAGAACCAUUUACAUGAUGUUAAGACAGCAAACUUCUUCAUUGUAUCUUCACAACAGUAUUAAUAUUUGAUCUUGACUCCUAUAA